AAAUCUUUCAAAGAAGGCAAUUCGAUGUAUUCAGUAAACAUUUGGAUUGUUUUGGUAUAUUCUUGUUCUUUGAUUAUUCAAAAUAUUGUUGUGUCUUCAUUUGAUAUAACUUCAGAUGUAAUAUAUUGCAACAAUUCAAGUUUAUAUCAAAUAUCAGUAAAGAAUAAAACACAUACAUUAUGGUAUUUAAUAUCUGCCAGUCAACAUCAUCCACCUUCUUUAAUAUUAAUAUACGCUACUGAACAAUCUGGAGUCAAUGUGGAUUGUUCCAAAUUUAGUAAUAAUAUUCCGCCAAACUAUAGGAAUUCGGUUUCCGUUAAUAAUUCUAUCCAAUCUUACGGAUUAAUAUUACAUAGGAUAAUUCGUUAUCGUGAUAUAAAUGAUGAAACAAUUGCUCCUGACACAGGAAAUUCUACAGAAACAUUUUUAGGAAGUAAUUUAAACUGGAAAAAUACAUCAUUUAAGAAUGAUUCAAAUGAUGAUCAAAUCAGCAUCGAAUUUGAAGCUAGACAGUCGUUAGAUUCUCAUGAGAAAAUAGACGGUGUUAUUAAAUUGAAUUUUAAAGUAUACAAAACAGCGGAACCACCACAUAAAGAAAUGUAUUAUAGAAUUGAGAAUGCUUUGAGUAUUUUCAUUGAAUUAAUAUUGGACAAAGUGGAAGUAAUAAAUUCAAAUGAUAAUUUUUCACCUGUUCUAUUAAUUUUUUCCAAUCAUUCACUUAUGGACGAUUCAUAUUAUUGGAAUAAAACAACUAUUCAAAGAUCUUGUGAAGAUGGUCCUUUAGGCAAAAUAAAAUCACCAUUUAUCCAAUUAGGAUUGGAAGUAUCAAAAGAUAAUAAAUUAAUUCAAUCUACACGGCCUAAUGCUUACUUACAAUUUCCUGCAGCUUAUUGGAUCGAUCGUCAAAAUACUCAUGCUCAAUUAGUACGACUUGGUCUCGCACGCCCAAUUGAUCAUCGUUAUGUUAAGCAAAAAUCAUAUCAUUUCAGUUUACCAUACGCUUUGUACGGUGAUCGAUUUAAUCAAAUUCAUAGUCAGUCAACUGAAAAUCAAGUUGCUGUACGUGAAUUAAUUAUCAAUUUAGGCAGUCCUCAUUCGAAACAUUACUAUGCUGACACAAAUUAUUCAUCAUGGAUUCUGAUUGCCGGCUUAGGUGAUCCUGAUAUCAUUCCACCAAAUGAUGACGAUGAUGACAAAAAUAAUAGCAAUAAAAAUUCAAUUAUAUCAGCGUUUAUUUGUGGAUUACUGGUUAUUGUUGGCGCAAUUAGUAGUGUUUCUGUAAUACGUCGAAUACAACGUAGACAUUAUCAGAGAAUAUCUGAAUUAAAUAGCAGUGGUAAUAAUAAUAAUAAUAGUAAUAAUGAAGCUGUUAAUAGUUAUUCACCAAUAAUGGCGCAAGAUCUAUCGCCAGUGAAUGACAAUCGUAUAGUUGAAUCAUAUCAAUAUGAAAAAUUAGUUAGUCAACCAAAUCAUAAACUAAUGAGAAAUAAUUAUCAUACUAUAACUAAUGAAAAUAAUUAUUUACAAAAUAACAAUAUAUCUACUGUCGAUUGGGGUAAUGCUCCACCUCCAUAUGGACAUGUUACAAACGAUUAUUAAAAAUUCAAUGAUUAAAUUGUACACUACUACUAUGAAUACUACUACUAGUACUACUACUACUACUAAAAACUGUUCAUCAAAUAGACGUUAUUGUACUUUGACAUGAUUACUUUUUUGAUGAAUAAAACAAAAUUCUUCUAUUUAUUUACUAUUUUAAACAAUCCGAGCAUCAUCAUCAUCUCCAUCCUGUUGGUAUUUUUUUGGUAUCAUAUUCAUUCCCGGUAUCUUCUGAUUAUUAUUAUUAUUAUUAUUAUUAUUAUUAUUAUUAUUAUUAUUAUUAUUAUUUUCAUUACGAACACAUGUAUUGUCCGGUCUAAUCAAACAUUUUAGAUAAUUUAAUUCUUCAAUUAUAUAAUUAUUAAAAUAAUUUUUUUUUCAAAUUUGUAUUUAUUUACUGAUUUAUUAAGAUCCUCAUAUAAUUCUUUAUUGUAGUUUUCAGGAGUCAAGGAAUAACUAAAACACUUUCACCAUCCAAUGGAAGUUAUCAGAAAACUAAAAAAAAAUCGAUAAUUUACAUAUCAGGUUGAUUUAGAUGGUUAUCUACUCUGGUUAGUUUCCCCUUCCGACGAAACAAGUUGGUGAAGCUUAGUAGUCCCUUCUGGAGAGAAACAGGCCAUAUCGAAGCACGGCACAAUUACUGUGGCUAAAAUAGCUGUUUUUGCGACCAGUUGGAGUUUGCCCCAUGAGGAGCAACCCUCGUACACCACUUUUGUCAAUUUUUUGUCGUUUUCCCAUCCAAGAGUAAUUGCGCUGCGUUUCUUUGUGGAUUUCGUAAUCGGUUUGAGGGUAUCGGUCGAGUGAGUGAUUAGCCCGAUCUCUACCAUGCGGGUUACCGCUCACUUUAGUUCAUGGAUCAUCCGUCCCACUAUCCGAGAGGCACGGCGCGGACGUGUAAGUCGGAUUUCGCCUCCCAUCUACUCUGGUACUAAAUUUGAUACUAUCCCAGAAGUCUAUGUUUAUUGGUUAGGUGUAAUACUAAAAUGACGUACGUUUUUCUAUGAACAAACUGAUCUUAGCGUAAAGCUUUUAUUCUCUUUAGUGCUCCAGUUGACGUGUAAAAGUAGUUUGGGUUAUAGGAACCGGUUAGGAAGACAGUUUAAGUGUGUCGGUACCAAGACUUAUUAACAUGUCUGUCUUUUUUAUGAAUAUUCUGACAAGUGGGUAGAAGAUAGGGAUUAGUUAAAGUAUAUAUUGAACAUUUUAUACUUCAAGUGAAUUUCGCGGAAUACGCAGUAUUAAAAAUUGUUCGAAAUCUGUUCUUACGAACAAUUGUGGUGAAAUGUAGAAAAUAGGUUAGUAAUUGAUCAUCUAUUGAAUAGUGAUGCAUGUCAUGUGUAUUUAGUCCUUUAAUGCAGACCGAACUCUCGACCAAAUUACAAUAUGGUCAGUAGUCUAAGUGUAUCACGUGCACUAAGUUGUGUUGUCAGAUCGUUGAAAGUAAUCGGCAGAAAAUCCUGCACCCAUGUUUAGAAUCUCACCGGAAAUGCCAGUUCCUUCAGGAAUACAGGGAUGCCUUGGUGACAUGUUCCAACUAGCAAGAAAUCUCGAUUCAGUAUUUUUUACUUUCUCCAACUACUUAUCAGAAUAGACAUCAGAUUGUACUGUACACUGAAAAUGCUCAUCUGAAUUUUAAUUCCAAGAAUAAUAUUUGUUACGUUGUCUGUGUAUUGUUUGACAAAAAUUUGCUAUUAUACGC